GCAGCCCUGGUUUGAGGAAGGGAAUUUGGGCGUUUGCACUGUGGAAGUGUUCUAAGAGGCGGUUGCUGGCAUAAAGGGCAGCAAGGGUGAGAGAGGUAAAGUCAUCUAAGGGAGCAGGGUAUCUUCAGAGAUCAGGUUAUGGGAGCAAAGAGAUGAGGGUGUGUGCAACGCCAUGGAGAGAGUUGAAGCUGCUGACAAAGCAUGUGUGGGAUCUGGGGGAAAUGGGAAGCCGGUGUAGAGACUGAAAAGGAGGUAUCAUGUGGUCAGAGUUCUGACAGAGGUCACGAAUGGAAACCGGCAGAGUGGUGGACAGAUGCCUGUGGACCAAGAGGAGCCCUAAAGGAAUCGCUUCCAGAUGAAAGGUUAGGCUGUAAUCCCAUUUUGCUGCACCAGGAGCUGAGAGACUGCACUCUGCCCAGCAGCCCAGCCUGUGCUAUGCCCGUGGUAACAAAGGAGCCCUGAUCUUACAAAGGCUUAACUUUCCUGUGGGGAAACCAGACGAUUUCAAUGGAAUUAUGUGCCGCAGUGAAGACCGAAAUGGAAGAUGUGAGCUCCAAAAGGGUAACUGAGUUCAUGCAGAAAUGUGUCAAGCUUGAGGAUAACGAAGGGGAUGCUCAGCCCAAGGAGGAGAUUAUAGAAGUGCAAACUCUCCCUAUCCUCGCUCCGUCGUACCCUCAGACAGUGCAAGAAGAAAUAUCGAUGGUCUUCAAUACUUGUGCAAUGCCAGCCAACCUGGGCCCAUGCACCAGGAGGAGGCGUGAAAAAGCCAGUGGCCAUGAUGGGACGAGUACAUCUCUCUAUGUUGACCGCCGAAAGUCAAAGGUGUGGAACUAUUACACCAAACUGGGGGAUGCCUAUGUUGAAUGCAACGUCUGUAAGAAACAGCUCUCCUUCCACAACAGCACCACUACCAUGAGGGAACAUCUUGUGAGGAAACAUAGCAUUCGUGACACCUUGUUAUCUCAGCUGAAGGAUGACCAGGUUCCAGAUCCAGACUAUGUGGCUCAAGAGAAUGCAAUAAAAAGGGCACGGCAGCUGACACCUGAAAAUAACAAUCAGUACCACACUGUAUCCUGCACAGAACCCAGGACUGAUGUUAUUCUGGAGCUAGUGCUAGAAAUGAUCUUCCGGGACCUCCAUCCUCUCUCAGUAGUGAAGGACAAAGGCUUUGGCCUUCUCAUAGGCUACCUAGAACCUAGUUUUAUUCUCCCAUCCCCUAUGCAGCUCUCUAGCAUGCUAUGGCACCGAUACAAUGUUGUCAAGCAACACCUAGAACACUAUUUGCAAACAGCCCAGUCUAUUGUGAUCUGCGCAGAGUUCUGGCUAUCUCAACCCAACCAGACAUAUUUGACAAUCAUGACUAAUUUUAUUGAUGGGGAAUGGCGGCGGGCAAGGUGCAUCCUGGAGACCCAACAGGUGCAUGAGAAUAAAACGGAGAGCAAUUUGGGAGACAGGCUGUACUCUGUCCUGACAGACUUUGGGCUGUCAAACAAGUCUGUUUUCUGUGUGAUGCAUGACAGCCUGCAAGAUUUAGAGGUAAACUCAUCGCAACUCAAAUGUGUCUAUGGGUGGACUAGCCUGUGCUGUGCUGCCCAUUUGCUGCACCUGUGCAUCAAGGCAGGUCUUGAGGUGGAGCAGGUGCAAGAGGCUCUGAGUGCUGCCCGUAGUAUUGUCUGUUACUUCCAGCAAGAUGCUAAAGCCACCUGCUCCCUGAACAGCAAACUGGAAGCCAUCAACAAGACUAAACUGAAACUAGUGAUGGACACUGGGGCUCGGUGGAUCACCACCAUCGAGAUGUGUGAGUGCCUGUUGGACCUCAAGUGGGCUAUCAUGUCUGUGUUGGAGGAACACCCCAAGGGGACAACGGUAGUCCAGAACCUGGCUGACCAUCAGUGGAAGCUCUUGCAGGAUCUGGUGCCUGUCAUGAGGACACUCAAGAUUGCCACUUCGUUCUUGCGGGAGGAGCAGAACUUCUCCAUCUCCUCCCUGAUGCCCUGUAUCCAUGGCAUUGUCACUGCUAUUGGACAGCAAUCAGAAGAAGCCAGUGGCAUUAUCAAGACUGUGGUGAACAACAUAAGGUCAGAGCUCACGCAGCGCUGGGGGAUUUUGGACGACGAGAAGUUGCUGGAGAGCCCGGCUGUGGUGGCAUCGUUCUUAGACCCACGUUUUAAGGAAAUGAGAUUCCUGAACCCCAGCCUGCGGAGUGAGCUGCACAAAAAAAUCAAAAGCAUGCUCUCACAGUUCUUCAACCAUCAGUCCCCGCUGUCAACCCAGUUCUGGGUGCCCAACUCAGAUUACAAAGCCGAGGUUGGUGAAGCAGGUGGCCAGCUCUCUGCUCAUAAAGAGAGAGGCCCAAGUGGGCAAUCCCAGAGCAUGUAUGAUAUCCUUCUGGGAAAAGAUCCAACUGAGAGUAUGCCUGAGAUCCAUCAGCAGCUGGAGAACUAUAUUGUAGAACCUCUGUGUAAGCGAAGCACAAACCCCUUGGACUGGUGGAAAAAUAACGAACACCGUUUCCCUUCCGUAGCCCGACUUGCCCGGCAAUACCUGGCCAUACCAGCGACUGUUGUGCCACCUGAUCAGGCCUUUGCUGCCAGUGAAAGUGCUCUGGAGCACCGGAGAGGUGUACUUGCCCCUGAGAAUCUGGACCAAAUUCUCUUCUUACACCAAAAUUUUGAUUUUUUAGAGUCUAUGAGAAAUGGCAAUGAUAAUUUGAACAAGAAUGUGCACGGCCAGUACUAAAAAUUAGGGUUGUAGGGGGGAAAUAAGCAAGCUGACUAAAGGUUGAAGGCUUGACUAAUUCAUUGGGAGACGAGUGUGAAGUUGGAGGCCUUGAGGUCAAUUUAGUCAAAGGUCAGAAUUUGACCUUGACUGGGUAAUUUAUAGGCAAGCUUGCCUAAACUUACCCUUAUUUUCUCUGUAGUGGUGGGUCAGCCCCUAAUUAACAACUAGCUUUUUUUCUUUCUGAAACAGGCAUUAGAAGUAAGGGUAAGAGCCACUUCUGUUGACGCUCUCAAAAGACAGACACAUUAUCAGAAGGCAACUCCUUGUCUGGAGAUCCACAGUGAAAAAUGAGUGGUGAAAUGAUAAUGCAUGCAUUGAUCUUGGAGAGCAGACAGACAUAAGGAAAGAAUGCAGAAGCAAUUAUAGUACUAUAGAGUGUGUGUGUGUGUGUGUGUGUGUAGACAUUUUCAUGCACCUUCCGAUCCCUGAGACUGUUCCAAAGAGGGAACAUGGAUAUCCUAGUCCUAUCUACCUGUUCCGGAAUUCUAGAAGGGAGACUUCCAUCUGGAGAGCUUUGUAUCACUGGCUUACCACUUGCUCUCGCUUGCUCCCUUCUGUAAGUUUCUAAAACAGAAGCACGAAUACCCAUGCCCCCACAUAAGGAGGCUAACAUGUGAAUCAACCCAUGAAUGGGUGGUGCUUUCUGUGUAGGAAGUCCAUUUAGAUACGCAUUUCUUCAAGCCUCUGUGGGCAAUAAAACCCUGUAAUGUUUACUUAAGCCACACCUUGAUCUGAAGAUGGGAUAAACAUCAAGACUGAGGAGCUGCUAGCAGUGGUUGGGGUAUUGGUGUUUGUUCUCGUUGAUGCUUCUGAAAAAUUGCAUCUGAAUUUGAACUGAUGCAAGGGUAAGGAAUGGGAAGAAGACAAUGAUUCUGCUUUCAAGCGGAAUUCACACUGUAGUGCCCUUCUAAUACAUAACAAAGGACUAUGUAGGUAUAUAUUUAAGACUGUUAUUGAGCCAUGCUGCAGUGAUCCUACAGCUGAUGACUGUGAGGCUUUUUCCUUAUAGAAAAAAACCGGUUUUGUUUAUCAGUUGCACUAAACGUUUUGAUGCUUCAGCCCUCAAAGCUGCUUUCUUGUGUCUAGCAAUGACGAGUGAAUUGCAUAGAUCAUUUUUAUGGCAGGAAAUCCUCACCCCACUUGUUUCACAGAUUUUUGUUAAGUGAGAUAUGGAACUGGCAGUUCACAUGCAAGCAGCUGCACAUAUUAGCAUUUACAUAGGAAAAUAUCAGUAUUGUAUCAACCCCCUGCUGGUGUUCGUGAUCAUAACCCAUCGUGCAGCCUUCUGGAUUUGUCAAUUGUUGAGGACGAUGACAGACAGGAAGAUGGAGCUGGCUGGGAGGUGCACUCUGCAACUCCAGUUAUGGCAUAAAGCAGCACAACCAUGCAAGAAGUCCUUGAUAAUGCAGAGGAAUCUCAAAUUUGCUAUAAGGGAUAGGUAGGCAACCUUGGCUCUCCAGCUGCUGUUGAAUUACUCUCCCAUCAUCCCCUGCCACAAUAAUGCAGGGGAUGAUGGGACUGUAGUUAAACAGCAGCUGGAGAGCCAAGGUUGCUUCCCCCUGCUAUAGGAGACGUAGGGGACCAUCCCUAUUAGGCCAGUGGCCACACAUCUGGGAGACUGUUAAUAUGACAAAUGUUUAUAUACCACUUAGAUAUAUAUAAAGAUGGGAGUGUAUGGUCUGUUUCCAGAUGUUUUUUUCCUUGUGCUAGAGCAGGCCAGCACAAAAACCUCCAGCUGUUUUUGAGCUAAAAACUCCCAUAAUCCCCAGGCACAGUGACCAAUAGCCAAGGAUUAGGGGAAUUGUAGGCCAACAUCCACAGGAGAGCCAAAGCUGAGCAGCCCUGUGCUAGAGAAUGCUAUAUAUUGAGCAAAUCACCCAAUGUAUGAACCUUAUGGUACACGGCUAUGGCUACAAACACCUGAGUGCCAUUUGGCUCAUUUCUAACCUGAGGCAAGAGAGCACCUUUCAGUUAGUGAAAACCUGCCUAGUCUCAUGAGCCAUCGCCCUUUUACUUGUGCUACACACACACACAGACAGAGCUGACCUGGUUUGGGCAUGAUAAGUGAUUCAUUGCAAAAACUGGGUGCUGCUGCAUUGUAGAAGGCCUCAAUUAUAAGCCUACAGACCAAGCAAGAAAUGUCAGUGGAGAUGGUGGCGGGAGGUGUCAGAAACUGUAAGGUUCUAUGUGCACUUGGAGGAAAGGUGGGGGAGAGACAGCCUGGCAAGAGAGCUGAUGUGCAUUAAUACUCAUGGGUGUGUGUGUGUCAAAUCCUGUUUCUUUGUGGGUUUGUGUGUUUUUUCUUUCUUUUCAUGGCUGUGUUCCUUCUGCACAGUAACAGUGCAAUAACCUGCAUCAAGGUAUGGUAAUUUAAAAGGAAAACAGUGGGUCUGCUAGAGAGCUGAGCAUAUUCAAUGGAUAGAAUAAACAUUUUUGUCCA